AACAACGUUUUAUUUUAUUUUUAUUCGUGUCGUUUUUCAUUAUCAAGGAAAUGUGCAACCACAUUCUAUCGAAUGUAAUUUUCGUUUCACUUCUUGUCAUUCUAUCAUACGCGAUCGACGACGAACUUUACGAAGGGAGUCAAUGUACGUUGGAAGAUGGUAAAACAGGCAUCUGCAAGAAAUUAACCGAUUGUCCAAUGAGAAUACGAGAGGUGCAACGAGGUAUAAGACAUUCAACUUCAACGGGAAGAUGCGGAUUUUCUAGUUUUACUGAGAUCGUUUGUUGUCCUAUAGUGAAUUUCGAAAGAAAAGUGUUGCUUCGUCCGGCUGAUAUUGCUUGUCAAGAAUACGGCAAUAAUGUAACAACAAAAGAGGAAAAAAAUUUGUCUCUCCACAUAUUUAAUGGAAAAUUGGCUAUGUCGAGUGAAUUUCCAUACGUAGUGGCUUUAGGAUAUGAAAACGACAACAUUUCCGAACCUAUCAAAUAUAGUUGUGGAGGUAGUUUGAUAUCUUCUCAGUAUGUAUUGACUGCGGCACAUUGUGUCAAUAAUAUAAAUGAGAGAAUACCAAUCGAAGUACGAUUAGGAAAUGAAGAUAUACAAAGUAUCGAAUCUAACGUGCAACGAAUUCCGAUAAGUGACAUAAUAUAUCAUCCAAAGUAUAAACGCAGUACACAAUAUAACGACGUUGCUAUUUUGAGGCUGAAAACAAAGAUACAGAUUUCGAAAACGACUAAGCCUAUUUGUCUUCAAACCAAAUCCUUAAGAUCAUUGAAAAUAACACCGAGAACAUCUUUAAUAGUGAUUGGAUGGGGCGCUACGAGUUUCGAUGCCGAGAAUUCUGUCAAAUUGAGAAAGACGCCUAGUCUCAGCAUUGUGAAUAGAGAAGAAUGCGAGAAACAUUACGUAGGGCAUCCAAGAUUACCUAAUGGCAUCGACGACAAUUUCAUUUGUGCUAUAGACAAUAAUGCCAGUCGAAGAGCGGAUGCUUGUCAAGGAGACAGUGGAGGUCCAUUGUUAAUGAUGACCGAAAAAGGUGAUAGCGUAAUUGGAAUCACAGCUUUUGGUAAUACUUGUGGUUCACCUGCCCCGGGUGUUUACACCGCGAUUUAUUCCUAUUUAGAUUGGAUCGAGGAACAUGUUUGGACGAAUAAAAAUGAGAAAAAAAAUGUCGUGAAGACAGAAUUUUUCAACAUUACGAUCACGUUCUAGUGAAACACACUUUACAUGUGUUUGCCAAUACGUAUCUCAGGUAAUGAUCUCCAGGUAAUGGAAUUCGAUUAUAUCAUGGAGAUUAUUUUGUAUUGCGGGUUCUGUUAGAUGAUCAU